AUGGCUCUCAGCGCCUGGAUCGUGUUGCACUCCCCGCCGCCGGGGCUGCCCCCGCGAAGCCGCGCGGACGCGCCCUCGUCCGACGUCGCGUCGUCCCUCCCGCCGCCGCCGGGGGGAGACGCGGUGCCUUCCCUCGCGGCGACGGCGACGGCGGCGAACGCGCUCGCGCGCGCGCGCGCGGCCGCCGCCGUCGCCGUCGCCGCGAGGGAAGGCACCGCGUCUCCCCCCGGCGGCGGCGGGAGGGACGACGCGACGUCGGACGAGGGCGCGUCCGCGCGGCUUCGCGGGGGCAGCCCCGGCGGCGGGGAGUGCAACACGAUCCAGGCGCUGAGAGCCAUGGUCGAGGAGACGAACCAGAAGCUGGGCAGUGCGCUAGAGCAGCUCGCGGCGUUCGCGGAGACGGAGACGACGACGGCGACGGGCGAAGGCGGCGGCGACGCGGCGGCGUGA